AUGGCUAUGAAUCCCCACGAUGCGACGCAAGCCCAGGCCCAAGGGCAAGCGCAAGAUGGAAGGCCACAAGUCAACUAUGAUCUAAGCAAAGGCGGCCACUAUGGCGCCAGUUCUCAGCUGGCGCAACAAGGCUAUGCCCCAGCAGAGCACUAUACAGGACCUUGGGCCAAUGUGCACCAAGGCCUCAAAGGCUCCUACAAGAACAUUUUGACCACCUACUGGCAACACACGAUUGACCACCUCGAAAAUGACACCCACGACUACAAGCUCCACCAGCUUCCGCUCGCCAGGAUCAAGAAGGUCAUGAAAGCGGAUCCCGAGGUGAAGAUGAUCUCGGCCGAGGCGCCCAUACUUUUCGCCAAGGGCUGCGACAUCUUUAUAACGGAGCUGACAAUGCGCGCCUGGAUCCACGCUGAAGAGAACAAGCGCCGCACCCUGCAGCGUUCCGACAUCGCAUCAGCCCUCUCAAUGUCGGACAUGUUCGACUUUCUCAUCGACAUCGUUCCGCGCGAGGAAGCUGCAGGGCACGCCAAGCGGGCAGCGGGCCAGGCUGGUGCUGCCAACGCGGCCGCCGGCCAGCCUCAGAUGGGAGGCAUGCCCGCACAGAACCACACGCAGCACAUGGGCGCCGAGUAUGGCCUCCCUGGUCACCCCAUGGGUGGAGAGGCCGACUACCGUCAAGCCCAGAACAUGUAUCCGGGCCAGGUCCCGCCAGGCGCUCCGAACGCGUACGGCCAGCCACAGCAACCCAUGUACGAGGUGGAUCCGAACAUGUAUUCAAGCUAUACGAUGCAGCCUCCCCAAGUAAGCACUCCCCCAUCCAAUGCCUAA